UUUUACUCCAACUCAAAUGAGUGACAUGGCUACCUUACGCUCUCUAGUGCUGCUCCUUGUAGCUCUGGCUCUCACCCCUCAAGGGUUUGCCAACUAUGAGAAACCCCCUGAGUAUACUCCUCCUAUUUACAAGCCCCCAGUUGAGAAACCACCCGUCUACAAACCCCCGGUCGAAAAGCCACCGGUGUACAAGCCCCCAGUGGAGAAACCACCAGUGUACAAACCCCCAGUAGAGAAGCCUCCAGUGUACAAACCUCCUGUUGAGAAACCCCCAGUGUACAAGCCCCCAGUUGAGAAGCCCCCAGUUUACAAACCUCCGGUAGAGAAGCCACCAGUGUACAAACCCCCGGUUGAGAAGCCCCCAGUUUACAAACCUCCGGUGGAGAAGCCACCAGUGUACAAGCCCCCAGUUGAGAAACCCCCAGUUUACAAGCCCCCGGUAGAGAAGCCCCCAGUUUACAAGCCCCCAGUUGAGAAACCACCAGUGUACAAGCCCCCAGUAGAGAAGCCACCGGUGUACAAGCCUCCAGUUGAGAAGCCACCCGUGUACAAGCCCCCAGUUGAGAAGCCACCUGUUUACAAACCUCCGGUGGAGAAGCCACCAGUGUACAAGCCCCCAGUUGAGAAACCCCCAGUUUACAAGCCCCCGGCGGAGAAGCCCCCAGUUUACAAGCCCCCGGUUUACAAGCCACCGGUGUACAAGCCCCCAGUUGAGAAGCCACCAGUGUACAAGCCCCCAGUUGAGAAGCCACCUGUGUACAAGCCCCCAGUUGAGAAGCCACCAGUUUACAAGCCCCCAGUUGAAAAGCCACCAGUUUACAAGCCACCAGUUGAGAAGCCACCAGUGUACAAGCCCCCCGUAGAGAAGCCACCAGUUUACAAGCCUCCAGUUGAGAAGCCACCGGUUUACAAGCCCCCAGUUUACAAGCCACCGGUGUACAAGCCCCCAGUUUACAAGCCACCAGUGUACAAGCCCCCAGUAGAGAAGCCACCGGUUUAUAAGCCCCCAGUUGAGAAACCUCCAGUUUACAAGCCUCCAGUUGAGAAGCCACCAGUUUACAAGCCUCCAGUUGAGAAGCCACCAAUUUACAAGCCCCCAGUUGAGAAGCCGCCAGUUUACAAACCACCAGUAGAGAAGCCACCAGUAUACAAGCCUCCUGUUGAGAAUCCUCCAUAUGGGAAGCCACCAUAUGGUGGUCACCCAGGGUACCCUCCUGCAGGAAACACUCAUUUCUAAAACGCAUAGCUUCUAUAUUCAGUUUCUGCUAAAUAAGAGUUGAGUUAGCCUUGAUACGGUCAAUAAUGCAGUUUACAUGUGCUGGCAAUGAUUACUUUUGGCUACUCAUUUCAAACCUUUAUUUACAAUGCUAUGGCCAAGAAAAGAUUGUAUGAAUGUAAAAUGGAAAAACAGAAUUUGGUGCUUUGAUUGUACUCCAAAUUAUGAAUGAAAGAAUUUUAUGAUUUUGUA